GUUUUGUAGUGAUCACAAUUCUUAUUUCAGAGAGUCCAAUAUCUGUAAAGUUAAAGGGUCUUAUAAUCAUAAGAUCAAAGUUAGUAAGGAAUAUGAAAAAUAAGUAUGAUAUUAUUUUGAUAUGUGGCUUAGUGUUGUGUAUUUGUGUGUUUUUUGUUUGGCAACAGGAUAAAUACACUACGGAAUUAUUAUUAGAGAAGUUGACAGGCGAUAGCUUGGGAAAGAUUUAUGGCGAAUACCAGGGGUUUGUAAGCACUGUUCAAGUAAAGUGCCAACAUGAAACAAGAUGCGGACCGAAAAGCGAUUCGGGAUACAGUGUGUGCAAUGACGCGCAGUACAAACCCAGAAAGCCAUGUCUCGUAUAUUCAUUUGGGUCAGCCUUUAUGUUUGGAUUCGAAAUUGGUGUUUUAAAAAUGUUCAAAUGCGAAGUCCAUACAUUUGAUCCAAGUCAUCCAGUGUCUGGUCAUCAUAUUCCGGAAGGCAUUAAUUUUCAUCUGAUCGGACUAUCAGUCACCGACUCAACUAACGAACUCGGGUGGAAAAUGAGACAGCUCUCAACAAUUCGGAAGUCUUUAAACCAUACUCAUAGAAUCUUGGAUAUUCUGAAGUUAGACAUCGAAGGCUACGAGUGGAAGGCGAUCCCAAACAUUAUUUCUUCCGGAGACUUUUCAUUUGUCAGGCAACUUGUUAUAGAACUUCACUUUGGAAAUGUAAAGAAAGGUAUGGGGAAAGAUGGAUACAUGGAGGUCAAGCCCGACUACUGGGGAAACACAACACCAUCUGAACAACUCAAAGUACUUAAACAGCUUCAGUAUAGCGGUUUUCGAGUGUUUUAUUUUCAAAGAAAUCCACGUACAAAAAUAAGAGUUCCUGAAUCUCCUCACCAAAGUAUAUUUACAUGCAAUGUCAUUUCAUUGAUCAAUAUCAAUUUUAAGCUUAACUGAUAGAAUAAAAUAAGAAAGUAUUCAACAAUUUAUGAUUUUCCAACCCGCGACCUUUGAGGUAAAAGAGACUAUGCAGAUGAAUUUCAAGUUCAUCAUGACAUUAAUCUAAUAUAUUAUCAACGAUUUCUAGAUAAUGAACUUAUUUGUUUAUGUUUAUACCGUAAGACAAUGUUUCAACUUUAAAAUCUAUAUCUGGUCGUGUGCGUACAAUUACUGCAUUGUAGGCACCACAAAUGUCAACUAGAUUCUGUUUUGACAGUAAAGGAAAUAUAAUUAAUGUUCCAAUCUUCCAGACUCGAGUGUUUUUAUCCGGCAUGUAUGUUUCAGUGCCAUCAUGUAGGUGACGUGUACUAUUUUUAGAAACUGCAUAUAUAAAUUUUGAAUAAAGCAUUUACUUCUGAUUUCUAUAUCCGACUUUAAAUGCUAUUGCAAAUUACAUUUCACUUCAAUAACAUUUCACAGCAAAUACUACUUAAUACUUUAAUUGAAAUUUAUUGAAUAUUGGCAAAUUCCGUUUUAUGCAACGCUUUCCAUGCGUGGGGAGAUUUUUAUAGCAGCAUAUGACCAGCCGAAUGACUAUAGUGAACAUAUGUAGUCCUGUAAAAUACGAAGAAUUUGCGCGCUUAGAAUCGAAAUAAUAGAUAUGUUUCAAUAUUUGUAUCAGUUUAAUCGUGAUUUAAUAAUUACGCAUUCGAACUCCUACCCAAAAUUUUUUAACUGAUAAAAUAUAGGGACUUGUUUAUCAUUUUUUAAUUUAAAUGUUUUUUUCCCCCCAAAAAAGCUGCUUUUCCAAAUGUAAAUCUUACAAGAAGUCUACACAUAUAGUUUUUGUUGUACAAAUGAAAGCAUUUAUUGAGAUUUUGUGAGUCAAAGUGUUUGAUAGAAUAAAGGCUACUAGGAGCGGGCAGAAUGUGCUGGUGUUAGUUUCACAAACUAACCAGAGUCAUACGAUUUAAUUUGAAUUGAAAACCAGUUGUCAAACUUGUGUUAAAGACCGCCUCUGAACAGAGACCAUCUAACUCUAAAGACAACAUGUUAUGUUUCCCAAUUUAACAUUUACAGGUUUCUUUAUUAACCUGUAAAUAAAGACCGCCUUCAAAUAAAAUCCACAUUUUGGCUCUCCCAAAGGUUGUCUUUAUAGACAGGUUUGACUGUAUUUUCACUUUGCUUUUUUUACUCUCUAUAUUUCAAAACGGAUUUUCUUAACUGGAAUCCAUUUUUCAGAAAUUAAAAACUUGUAGAAUAUAUCUUGUGAAACAUUAACCAUUAUAAUUCAUAGGAGUUUUGAUUUCAUGGAGUAACUAUACGUAUUAAUGCCAUAGAUAAAUAGGAAAAUGGUUUCAGAUGUUUUGCGCCUGAAGGUGUCAGCAUUUGCAGCCGGGCAAACUUUCUCCAAUUUGAAGGAGGCAAGGAUAGAAACUGUAUAAUUUGAACACAGAUCUAUGUGCUGAAUGGUUCUUUAACAAUGUAUUGGUAAUUUAUAUAAUAUUUGUGUGUUUUAUAAUGACAAACAUGAAAUUAUAUAGAUACGUUAUAGUUGAUUAAAUACAACAGAAAUGUUAAAAAGAGAUCUUAUUGUAUAACAAUAGGAGUCAAAAAAGCUUGGCUCAUGCUCUUCAAAGUUCUAAGACUUUUACAUUAAAAUGCUAGGUCUUUGUAAAAGAGUUGUAUCCUUUCGAAAGUUUUGCAGGUACAUCUACAAAUGCCUAAUUUACAUAUAUGAUCUGCAAAGUUUCAGCAACGAGAGCUAAAGAUUUUGGUAAUGAAUAAUUAAUUUUGUGUGAAGAUCUUAGUUUGAACCCUAAAGAUCAUUGUUGAUUAGAAUGUAAGAUAAUAGAAUAGAUGAACCUCAUGCUCACGAUAACCAAGCUCUGAGCUGUAAUUAUAGAUGGAUGAUCAAGCAUCCUUCAUUAUACUGAUAACACUAUAAUUAUGUCAAAACUUUUCGGUCCAAAGUUAAUUGAACUUGUUCAAAAUGUUUGCUUCAAUAUAUUUUGUAGAGAUUUGAUACUGUGCCAUCUUGGGUAAAGAAAUAGGUCACUAGGUCAAAUAAUGAACAAGGCCUGUUAACAGUUUUCAUGAUUUAGGGACUUCAUCUUUUAUUUGCACUUAUUGUUGCUAAAGAAUGUGAUGGAAUAGAUAUGAUAGAUAUUAAAUCCUAUAUUACUGCCAUAAAACUAAAAUGGGCCAAAGCGCUGACAGAUGAUAAUAAUGCAAGUUGGAAAAUCAUUCCAAACUACUACUUAGAAGAUUUUGGAAAAUACUUUCUAAUUUUUCAAUGUAAUUUGAACAGUGUGAAAAGUGUUCAACUAACCAAUAUCUCAGAUUUUUAUAAAAACUUAAUAGAACUCUGGCUGAAGGCAAAAAACUUAGAAAAACAUCCUGAAAUAAAGACUUUCGUUUUGGUUAGAAGACAAAUGUUAUGGGGUAACAGUUUCAUACACAUAAAUAAUAAAUGUUUAUUUUUUUUGAAAGUUGGAUUAAAUUUUUUAUUGGUGAAUUAUAUAAUAAACACAACUGGAGAAAUUAACCAAAGUUGUGUUUAGCAUUUAUAAAUCGUAUUUUGCUAGUGAACACUGUACGAUAGAAUAUGAUAUAUAUAAAGUUUUUUUUAGAUCAGAAUUCGAAAUCAUGCAUCAUUUUUAUAAGUCCAAAAAUGUUAAUAUAACUUUUUUUCAAUAAGAUUCGUGACAACAUCUAAGUUGAUAUCUAGAAAAUACAUAUUUAUUUUCAUUUAUGUCA